AAAUUAAACGCGCUUAUGAAGGCUCCAGCAGUCAUCCCAUCCCUCCCGCUCACAUCCUUGUUCUUGUCCUCUCUCUCCUCUCGCAAAACCCUAACAGCCAAACCCAAGGGGAACUGGAGGAGGAAAAAGGGGUGGAAGAGAGAGAGUGAGUGGGACAAGAGAGAGAGAGAGUGGGAUAAGAGGGAGGGAGAGAGAGAGAGAGAGUUCCGGUUCAUGAAUUGCUCUUUUCUAAAGAACAGUUGUCAGAAGAAACUUUUCGGGGAUUUCCACGCCGUUAUUUACACGGCAGCUUCUCUUAGAGAGAGAGAGAGAGAGAGAGAGAGAGAGAGAGAGAGAUCUUUUGCUUCACCUGUGUUGGGUAGGUACAUUCUUAUUUGCAUUCAGUGAUGGAAGAUCAAGAAGUUAUGGUGGAGGUGAGAGAUUUUGGUCGUCGUAUUGGUUCAAGUAUCGAAAAAGCCGCCCAACAGGUCAGUAGUGUUAGAGAGAGUGAGAACUUGGGUGUUGACCUUCUUGAGGAUUUGGAUUCUUAUUGGGAAGAUAUCAAUGACCGUUUGAUGAUAUCGAGGAUGGUGAGUGACUCUGUCAUUAAAGGGAUGGUGAAAGCAGUCGAGCAAAGGGCAGAGGAGAAAAUUGCAGCGAAAGAAUUGGAGGUGGAGAGUUUGAAGGAGAAAAUGCAUUUAUUCCAAUUGGGUGCCGAUAAAAGUGAGUCAUGCCAUGAAGCGAGAAGUCAGGAAAAUGGUUUUUAUUGUAGCUUUUCCGAUGCAUUUGUGGAGCAUGAUAAGAUGACGGAAUCUUUGGGAAGUCUAAGAGAUGUAGCAAAGGGGCAGAUUAAGAAGCUUAAAAUGGAGACUGAUAGCAUAAGAGGGUGCAGUCCAAUGAGGAGGAUAAGUUCGGGUUCAGAAUUUGUGGGAUUGGGUGGAAUUCUCCAAGAAAAGGCACCCGAAAGCUUUACGGGUGUCGAUAAUCUGUUCGAGACUCUGAAAACGACAAUGGACAAUAUCUAUGCACAGUUGGAUGAUAUGGUUCAUCUAACUAGGGCAUCACUUUGUGAAUGGAAGCUAGAGCAGGAGCUUCAAAAGGAGGUUGAAGCAGUUGUGAUACAGAAUUCAAUUAGGAGCUUCUGCAAAGAGUAUGAAGAGAAGUUAUGGGAACAAAAUACUCGACUUGAAAGGAUUAAUGAGGUUUCAAAUUUAAGGAAGGAAUUAGAUGCAAUCUUAAAUUCAGUGUCCAAUCCUGAAAAUGGGCAGCUAAUUUCUCAUGGGUCUCUCGAUAUGGAUCAUCUUCACAAAAGGGGUCUGAGCAAUCAUUUUUCUCCUUCAACUUCUCUAUGGGAGGGAAAUGGUGUAUUUGAGGAGUCUAAUAACGGUAUGCCUGAGAGUUGGGAUGCUGCACAGUUAAAGCACAUGUCAAAAGAUGAAUUGGUGAAUUAUUUCAACAGUAUGAUAACAAGGAUGAGGAGGAGCCAUGAAUCUAAGGUGCAACAGAUGACCGAAGAAUUUUUCAGUCUUAAGGGGGAAUAUUUGAGAGAAAAAGGCUAUUCUUUGGCACAUCGGAAGGAUAAAGACUUGGAAAAUUUGAGGAAGAAAAUUCCAGAUGUUAUCUUGAAAUUAGAUGACUUCAUUAUGGAAAAUGAAAAACUAUCCACGUUGGGCAGCAAUGCUGAGACUCUUCGCAAUUUAAAGAAUAGAAUAGAUAGCCUCCUUUCCGAAAAUCGCAAUCUUAGGGACUCACUUGCAGAUCAGAGAAAGGAAGUGAAGUGUCUUUCAUUGCAAGUUUCUGAUGCUGCUGAGAAGAUGUGCAAGCAUAUUUUGGCAGAGGCAAACUUGCCAAAAUUAACAGAGGAUUUAAAAUCUGACCUUGAAGAUGCAGCGACAGAGGCUUCAGCCACUGAGAAGGUGUGUAAAUGUUUUCUGAGGAAGGUCACACCCAAAAACAACUGUGGCGCUGAAGAGUUAGAAAUGCAGCCUUUUCAAGUGCCGAAGAUUUGUGAAAUUGAAGAUUCGGAUAUUGAGUCUUUGGUCAUACAAGGGAUUUGUGGAGUUAUUUUCAAGGAAACUGUCAAGGAUGCCCAGUCAAAUAUUGAUGAGUUGACCAAAAAGUAUUCAGAUGAAUAUGAAAAGUACCGAGUUUCCCUUGAAUCGAAAGCACUGGAAAGAAAAGAGGAACUAAGCUUGGUGAUUGAAGAGAAGGAGAGACUAAAGCAGGAGGUCCGUUUAUUACAAGAGUCGCUGGAAGAAAAGGAGAAUUUAGUAACCGAAAGAGUUAGGGAAUUAGAUUUGGUUAAGAGUGAGUUGGAGUUGGCUCUGGAGCAAAUUGAAGCAGAUAAAGGCACAAUUAACAGAUUGGAUCAAAAGGUUGAACUAAUGACAAAGGAAGUAAGGGAAACCAAUGAGCAUAGAAAUAUGCUUCUGGCUAUUACGGAAGAGAAACAGAAUGAUUGGUUGCUGCUUCAAGCGAAAGAGAAUGAACAUAGGAAGCAAAUGCAAGCUGUGAUUGUUCUCAUCGGUGGACUUUCAAGAGGACUUUCUGAUUUCGAAGUCCAAGUCUCUGAGGGUAUCAGAAACUGUAAUAUGAGGUUGGAAGGCACAAAUUCUCAAUUGAGUUCUCUUGUCCGGAAAUCUAAUUCACUAAAGAAUACAGCAUUGCUGUACAAAAAGAGGCUUGAAAGGAGAUGUAAUGAUCUUCAAAUGGCUGAAGCUGAGGUUGAUCUAUUGGGAGAUGAAGUGGAUGCCCUUUUAAGCCUUCUAGAGAAAAUAUAUAUUGCUCUUGAUCAUUACUCUCCGAUUUUCCAACAUUAUCCUGGGGUUAUUGAGAUCUUGAAGCUUGUCAGAAGAGAAUUAAGUAGAGAGUCUACCAAGUCCAUUUGAUUAGCUUAUUGACAACGUCUGAUACAAUUUGGUUUGAAGGUUCAGGUGUUCCAGUUUUUCUUUUGAAUGCCUAAAUUGGAGACUCUUUCUGGUCUGUUGGUGAAAGCAACCAAAACCAGAGUAGAGAGUUGGUGAUGAGAUUGUGCUAUGAAAAGAAAACUGAGGAAAGUCCAAACAUCUUGGACAAUUUUGGCACGUCCUAGGAAAAAAGUUUAUUUUUUUGGGUGGUACGAAGUAUGAGUGCAUUGUAUUUUUAUUACAACCGAGGGAUGCCACUUCCCAUUAGACUAGUAUAUAUUAGGAAAGAAAUGUAAAUUCCAUGUAUGAAUUGGGUUUUAAGAUGGGUGUUUGCUUUGAGUUGGCUGUAA